GCUGAGAUCCUCCUUCAGCAUCUCAGCCCUGUGUAUUCAUUGUGAAAGAGUGAAGCAGACAGCAAUGGCAGCUCUGGGUUUAGAGAUAUUGGGUGUCACACUGGCCACUCUGGGCUGGAUUGUUGGCAUCCUGUCCUGCGCUUUGCCAAUGUGGAGGGUGACCGCCUUCAUCGGCUCAAACAUCGUGACGGCGCAGAUCAUCUGGGAGGGUAUCUGGAUGGACUGUGUGGUGCAAAGCACAGGUCAGAUGCAGUGUAAAGUCUACGACUCCAUGCUGGCAUUGCCCCAAGAUCUUCAAGCAGCUCGAGCUCUAUGCGUGAUCGCCAUCAUGCUGGGAGUGCUGGGAGUCUUGGUCUCUGUUGCAGGGGCCAAGUGCACCAACUGCAUCGAAGAUGAGCGCACAAAGUCCAAGGUGAUAAUCGCUGCAGGUGUGACAUUCAUCUGUGCUGCCAUCAUGGAGUUGAUCCCAGUGUCCUGGUCGGCCCACACGAUCAUCAUGGAUUUCUACAACCCGGUGAUAGUGGAGGCACAGAAACGAGAGAUUGGAUGAGCGUUCACGAUCAUGUCUGCUGGCCUGGAGCUCAUUGGGAUUGUGCUGUGCGUGCUGGGAUGGCUUCUGGCCAUUGUCUCCUGUGCUCUUCCCAUGUGGAGGGUCACGGCCUUCAUCGGCAGCAACAUAGUGACGGCGCAGAUUUACUGGAACGGCCUGUGGAUGAGCUGUGUGGUGCAGAGCACUGGUCAGAUGCAAUGCAAAGUGUACGACUCCACGCUGGCUCUUUCCCAAGAUCUCCAAGCAGCCCGCGCCCUCACUGUUAUCUCCAUCCUGCUGGUCAUUCUAGCCAUGCUGGUGUCCAUCGCUGGGGCCAAGUGCACCAACUGCAUUGAUGACGAAUCAUCCAAGGCCAAAGUCAUGAUCGUGGCUGGAGUUCUCUUCCUUGUGGCUGGCCUCAUGCAAUUGAUUCCUGUCUCCUGGACAGCUAAUACCAUCAUCAGGGAUUUCUACAAUCCCUUACUGAACAACCCGCAGAGGUGGGAGCUAGGGGCUUCACUUUACAUCGGCUGGGCUGCUACGGCUCUCCUGAUAUUGGGUGGAUCGUUGCUAUGUUGCUCUUGUCCUCCAUCCCGGAUGAAUUAUUCUGCUUCCCGCUCUGCAGCUACUGGUGGGUAUGACCGAAGAGACUAUGUCUGAGUUGGGACAAGAAAAACAAUCUGCUUCAUGUACUGUUGUUUAGACAAGGCUAGAAAUAAGCCUUUCUCAGACAGGAAAAAAACUGAUAUUCGAUUUGCUUAGCUGUAAAUACAAGGGCUCAUUGUGUAUCUGUAAAAAAAAAAAUAAAAAAGCUAAAAUAUGAAGUCACUGGAGGAGAAGAGCAUUUCGAAGUGGACUAGAGAUUCAUAAAACUGGAUUUAAAACAUACUUUCUUUACUAUGUAUACUAUGUUUUUUUUAUUUAAAAGAAUUGAAUCUUCAGUAUUUUAACAGAAUAUUUCUUAUUUUUAAUGCAUUCAGAUAAAAAGCAGUCAUAAACCUAUGCAUACUUCUGUACAUUGUAGCUUUCCUUAUGAAAGGGACCUUGUGGUGCAGCAGUGUGGGAUGUUAGCCAGGAGGUACAAAGUGAACAGCUCAUUGUGUGCAGUGAAAUAGAGGGGAACAUUUGUAUCAAGCUGUGUCUACACUGAAAAACACUCUCCUGCCAUAUGCAUGGCACUUUUAUUUUUUGCUCUUUGAUGAAACAGACUAAAGGUGUCUUUUGUAUAUAUAUCACGUAUUAUUGUAAUGUCAUGAAUUUAUUGAUACAAUAAAUAUCAAUUUUGCUAGUC